UUUGCCGGCGUUCGUCCGCACGUACCUUGACAAUCGUAAUAAAUUCCAAACACUGAACUUUGAGCAGUGAGCACUCCACAUAGGCACUCCAGUCGUACAUACCGGUUUUGUAGCACGUCUACGGCUUGACGAAUGUAUUUUUGAGCUUAGUUUAAUAACGAUAUAACGAUGAACAAACUACAUGUUAUAACUAGAGGUUUCUCAAGAUCUGCUUCGUUUAAUGCGAUCAAAACUGUAACCGUGGUGGGCGGGGGUCUGAUGGGAUCCGGCAUCGCUCAGGUUGCAGCUCAAGCAGGCCAAGAUGUGGUAUUAGUUGAUGUGAAGCCAGAAAUUCUGGAAAACGCACAGAAAUCAAUCAGCAGCAACCUAUCGAGGGUCGCAAAGAAGCUUUACAAAGAUGACGGUGCUAAAAUUGAGUCUUUUGUGAAGAAUGCCACUAGCAAGAUCAAGGUGUCUACAAAACUGGAAGAUGGAGCAAAAGUGGACUUGAUCGUGGAAGCCAUUGUUGAAAAACUUGACAUCAAACAGGAACUAUUCAGCAAGCUAGAUCAGAUUUCACCAGAGCACACCAUCUUCGCAUCUAACACUUCAUCAAUAUCCAUCAAUGAAAUCGCCACAAGUGUUAAGAGGAAAGACAGGUUCGGUGGUCUCCACUUCUUCAACCCUGUGCCCGUGAUGCGUCUCCUGGAAGUGAUCAAGGGUGACCACAUAUCCGAGUCCACCUACCAGGCUAUGAUGGAGUGGGGGGCGUCUAUAGGCAAGACCUGCAUCACCUGCAAGGAUACCCCAGGGUUCGUGGUGAAUAGACUCCUGGGACCGUACUUCAGCGAGGCGGCCAGGAUGUUGGAGAGAGGUGACGCGACCAAGGAGGAUAUAGACACGGCUAUGAAACUGGGCAUCGGAGUGCCCAUGGGCCCCCUCGAACUUCAAGACUUUACGGGCUUAGACACAAACGUGUACGCCGGUGCUGUCAUGUAUGAGAAGACAGGGAACCCAGUGUUCAGACCCAUCCCGCUCAUGAUGAAGCUGGUUGAGGAGGGGAAACUUGGCCGGAAGACCGGAGAGGGGUUCUAUAAGUAUACGAAAAUGAGCGAUGUGUGUGAAAAACCGAAACGACAACCGCUUCGACGGCAGAGAUCCAUUUAUCAGGUGCACUACAGCCUGCUGCCAAAUCCGGCCGCGGUGACGCCGAUGUCGGGGCCCAACACGCUGUCGGCGUUUGGCCUGCAGGUCGCCGGACACCGCGGCGGCGCUGAUGAGGAAUAUAAGGGUCUCCUCCAAAGCGGCGACGAUCGCGUGCUCAAGCCCCUCCUCAAACCCACGGAGCUGGAGUUCUACCAACGGCUCGCCACCACCAACGACCCCGACCUGCUAGAACUACGGAGCUUCGUGCCCCAUUACCACGGCGCCACCACCAUCACGUAUGCCGGUGUCCGUCAGCAAUACAUCAUGUUAGAGGACCUGACACGAGGCAUGCUGGAACCCUGUAUCAUGGAUGUUAAAAUCGGUCGUGAAACAUGGGACCACCUCGCGACCCCCGAGAAGAUAGCCCGCGAGCAGAGCAAGUACCGGCUGUGUAAGCAGCAGUUCGGGUUCUGCAUACCCGGCUACCAGGUCUACCGGCUCGCCACCGGCCGCCUGCAUAAAUACGACAAGGAGCACGGGAAACGGCUGCACGGGGGUAUGGUCAGGAGCGCGUUCCGCAACUUCGCGAACUGCGCGAACGGCGUGGCGUGCCGGGCGCUGGUGGUGUCGGUGCUGGGCGCGCUGUGGCGGCUGCAGCGCUGGGCGGGGCGGCCGCGCGCGCUGCGCCUGCGCACAGUCUCUGUGCUGCUGCUGUAUGACGCCGCGGCGCUGCGACGCGCCAAGAGGGAGCAACCUCGCUCGGUGCCGACGCGUCGCAGGUCCAUCCACUCCCUCCAUAACCCUAGCGGCUCCAAUCUCAGUGGCCUGCUUACCUCCAAGGGUCCCCUCUAUCCCAAGGUCAACCCCGUACCCAUCACCCCCCUGAAGGUCUACCACACCAGCUUCAGUGAACCCCCACCGAUUAAGUCUACCUGGAGCGAAGCACUUGACAAGUUAAAUCAGAACCACUCCUUCGAACAUAAUUACGAGGAUAAGGUGAGCAAAAUCAAAAUGAACUACCGUGCUUUGCUGGACCAACUCGCGCGAGACAACCGCGACACCAACCCCUGGGGCACCGCCAGGCUGAUAGACUUUGCGCACACGUACUUCCAUGAUGAGGAGGAACCCACCGUCGACGAGGUCUUCAAGGAGGGCAUCGACAGUCUGGUGGAGAUUUUCGAGGAAAUGCUCAGGGAGACAGAGGAUCAGGUUUUUUGAAGGUGUCAAGUCAUAAUAUUAGUUCCGCAGCCUGGUUUCUGGACUUUUUUUGGCAGUGUUUUAACAAUUAAAAAUCGCCAAGGGAAGAUAUUAUGUAUAAGGUGUGUAAUGAACAUAGUGAAAAAACAUUAGGGUGUGUAAUUAUGUAUGUGUCCCUUGUAUAGAAUUCACUGCGAAAGUAGCAGCGCUGA